AUUCUCUCCCACAUCUCUCUCCAUCUCUCUGCACAGAGAGAUCAGUAAGAGUACCUAAAUCAGCCCCUCUUACCUCUCGUACCUUCUCCAAACACAGCAUAAAUCCGUCGUAAAUAGCCUUGUUUGUUUAUGCAAUGGGGGAUUCAUUGCCAUUCUUGGUGAUGGUUCUGCUGCAAGCCGGGUACGCGGGUAUGAACAUUUUGUCGAAACUAGCCAUGAAUUCGGGGAUGAACCCUCUCAUCCACGUCGCGUACCGGCAGAUCUUUGCUGCUGUGGUUUUGGUCCCGUUUGCUUACUUCUUGGAGAGGAAAACAAGGCCUCGGAUGACACUGCCCAUUUUCUUGCAGAUUUUCUUAUCAUCUAUUUUCGGUUUGACACUAAAUCAGCUUACGUACUUCGUGGGCUUAAGUCAUUCCACUCCGACGAUAGCUUGCGCAUUGACAAACUUACUUCCUGCUGUUACUUUCCUCAUGGCUGUUCCUUGCCGACUAGAGAGUGUGGCAAUCAAGAGCAGAUCAGGGCAAGCCAAAGUAGUGGGAACAAUAGUAUGCGUCGGAGGUGCAAUGUUGCUGUCAUUCUACCAUGGCUCCCAAGUCCCCAUAGGGGAAUCCAAAAUUCACUGGAAUUAUAUCAUACGAAAUUCUCGAAAUUCCACAAACCAAACCAACCAUCACAACUUCAUGUUAGGCCCUUUUCUCCUCAUAGCUAGUCCCGUCUGUUGGGCUGUCUGGUUCAUCCUCCAAGCCAAGAUGAGCAGUACGUAUCCAGCUCCGUACUCAAGCUCCGCUUUGAUGUGCCUCAUGGCCAGUUUCCAGUGUGUAAUCAUCGGUCUAGUGUCGGAUCACCAUAUUUCUUCAUGGUCAUUGAACCCUCCGAUCAGAGCUCUCUCAAGUAUCUACGCGGGAGUUGUGUGCAAUGCAUUAUCAUAUUGCUUAAUGUCGUGGUGCAUAAAAAGAAAAGGACCUCUCUACGUCUCUGUCUUUAGCCCCUUCUUGUUGGUUAUUGUCGCUAUUCUCAGCUGGGCUUUGCUUGAAGAAAAAUUAUAUGUUGGCACUGUUGCAGGGUCAGGACUGAUAGUUACGGGCCUCUAUACGGUUCUUUGGGGAAAGAAGGAGGAGAUGAUUUCGCUUGCUAAUGAUUUCAAGAUCAAGCAUGUAGAAGAAUUCGACAUCGCCAAGCUCGAAAAUGGCGACAUAGAAUUUGUAAAAUGUGAAAAAUAAGAAAUCCGGAAAAUUUGAUUUUGUUUUGUUUUGUAUGAAUGCUAAAUCAAUGCAUGGGUAGCUAGCUCCAAGUUGUGUAAACAACAUUCACAUUGUAUGAACGGAGAGAGAGAGAGAGAGAGAUGGAAGUUAAGAAAAGUAUGGAGAGAGAUUUAUGCAUGCAUGUUCCUGAAUUGUGAAGAGAUGGAGGACCAAACUCAUGUUAAUGUUUGCUUUUGUUA